AUGGAUCAAUGGUUAAAAACUGGUACAAUAAAAAAACUAGACCAAGUUGGAGAAAAUAUUCAUUUAAGAAGUACUUCUCAAAACUUAGCUAAAGAUGUGGUACAACAUACAGAAAAUGCACAGUCUUCAGUUCUUCAAAAAUGUAAAAAGAGAAAAUACAAUGAUGAAUAUGUAAAAUAUGGAUUUUCAUAUGUAGGAGAAUUUGACUAUCCUAAACCUAAGUGUAUUGUGUGUGGUGAAGUAUUGUCAAAUAGCUGCAUGAAACCUUCUCUGCUCUUAAGACAUUUAGAAACAAAACAUGCCGAUUAUAAAAAUAAAGAAUUUAAUUUUUUUAAACGUUUAGCUAUAAAUAAUGAGAAUACUUCGAUUUUAACAUCAUACAUAAAGCCAGCUAAUAAAGAUAACCAAAACGCGAUUAAUACACCCGUAAGUGGUUUUGAUGCCUCAAUCUCCAAUUGCACAUCUACUGAUGAGGCUGUACUUGAAUCACUCUAUUUUGAAGUAUCGAUAACUACUAUGGGGGCAUUUUCUAGGAAAUUUGAAGGACUCAACAGUGAAUUGCGUAUUCUUUUUUCUUAG